GUACUAAACGGAAGGGGCCGGGAGAGGCCGCGUUCAGUCGGAUCCCGGCAGCAGCUGCAGCGGCUCUUGUCUUUUCUGGCUCUCCUUGCUAUCUCCUUUUCUCUUCCGGAAACAUGGCCUCUGGCGUGGCUGUCUCUGAUGGGGUCAUCAAAGUGUUCAACGACAUGAAGGUGCGUAAGUCGUCAACACCAGAGGAGGUGAAGAAGCGCAAGAAGGCGGUGCUCUUCUGCCUGAGCGAGGACAAGAAGAACAUCAUCCUGGAGGAGGGCAAGGAGAUCCUGGUAGGUGAUGUGGGCCAGACUGUAGACGACCCCUACACCACCUUUGUCAAGAUGCUGCCAGACAAGGACUGCCGCUACGCCCUCUAUGACGCAACCUAUGAGACCAAGGAGAGCAAGAAGGAGGACCUGGUGUUCAUCUUCUGGGCCCCUGAGAGUGCACCCCUUAAGAGCAAAAUGAUCUAUGCCAGCUCCAAGGACGCCAUCAAGAAGAAGCUGACGGGGAUCAAGCAUGAAUUGCAAGCAAACUGCUACGAGGAGGUCAAGGACCGCUGCACCCUGGCAGAGAAGCUGGGGGGCAGCGCCGUCAUCUCUCUGGAGGGCAAGCCUUUGUGAGCCCCCUCCAGCCCCCUGCCUGGAGCAUCUGGCAGCCCCAGACCUGCCCAUGGGGGUUGCAGGCUGCCCCCUUCCUGCCAGACCGGAGGGGCUGGGGGGAUCCCAGCAGGGGGAGGGCAGUCCCUUCACCCCAGUUGCCAAACAGCCCCCCCACCCCCUGGACCUUCCUCCUCCUCCUCCUCCCUCCAUCCCUGACGGUUCUGGCCUUCCCAAACCGCUUUUGAUCUUCUGAUUCCUCUUGGGUUGAACAGACCAAGUUCCCCCCAGGAACCCCUGUUUGGGGGGGACCUGUAUUUUUUUUAAUGACACCCCAGUUCCCCCCUUGUUCCUCCCUUUUCCCAUGCUGCCAACUUCUAACCGCAAUAGUGACUCUGUGCUUGUCUGUUUAGUUCUGUGUAUAAAUGGAAUGUUGUGGAGAUGACCCCUCCCUGCGCCGCCUGGUUCCCCUCCCCCUUGCCCCUGGUCACAGCCACUCAUGGAAGCAGGACCAGUAAGGGACCCUCAAUUAAAAACAAAAAAACAAAAAAACACACAACAAUAAAAAGGCUCACUAAUGCGA